AUGUCGGCGGCUGACAGUGACUCCGACCCGGCUUCUCCUUCACCUCCCCCAUCCACUCCUCCGCUUGAUACCGCUCAAGUCCUGCUACAUGAACUGUCCCCUUAUCCCAAACAACUAAAAGCUGCCCAUAUUAAUGCUCAGUCAUUGAGGGGGCACGUGGACGAUAUCAGUGCUAUAUUUCGGCAGCAAACUUUUGACAUUAUUUUAAUAUCAGAGUCAUGGCUAAAGCCGAGUAUUCCCAGUAGUGAGAUCCAAUCACUCCAAGAAGAACCACCUCGUAAAACUGUCGUAAGAAGGCGUCGUCCGAUGAAGCAGUCAGCAUCACUAAAUAACAGAAGUGGACGAUUCCUGGCGCUGUUCACAAUAGUGGAUGGCACCUGUCUGACCGAGAGUGGUGUUGGUGUCUUGGAGCGAGGUGGUGUUGUUAGUGGCCCCUGCGCCAGCAGCUAUGGAGUCUGUUUCCUGUCGCUGUUCACAAUAGUGGAGUUCGACAACAAGGCCUGCCUGGCGGGAUCAGGAGACAAUGGCACCUGUCUGACCGAGAGUGAAUGCUUGGAGCGAGGUGGUGUUGUUAGUGGCCCCUGCGCCAGCAGCUAUGGAGUCUGUUUCCUGUCGCUGUUCACAAUAGUGGAGUUCGACAACAAGGCCUGCCUGGCGGGAUCAGGAGACAAUGGCACCUGUCUGACCGAGAGUGAAUGCUUGGAGCGAGUCCUGUCGCUGUUCACAAUAGUGGAGUUCGACAACAAGGCCUGCCUGGCGGCAUCAGGAGACAAUGGCACCUGUCUGACCGAGAGUGAAUGCUUGGAGCGAGGUGGUGUUGUUAGUGGCCCCUGCGCCAGCAGCUAUGGAGUCUGUUGUUUGUUCAUGGCGACGUGCGGCCAGUCCACCAACCAGAACUGCUCGUACUUCGUGAACCCCGGGUAUCCGAGCUUCUACGAUGGAUCUGGCUCGUGUCAACUUACUAUCUACAAAGCACAUCCUGACAUAUGUCAAUACAGGUUGGAUUUUGACAAUUUUGUACUCGACGGACCGGAGACGAUGAAUCACAUCUGUAACAACGAUCAGUUUCUUGUGUCAGGAGGAAGUCCUGUUCCUGCGAUUUGUGGCAUUAACUCUGGAAAUCACAUGUAUGUAGAUGCCGGACUAGGCACUAGCCCUGUCACUCUUACAGUGGUCACCAGUGGCCCUGCCAUGUCCCGCCACUGGAAGAUCAAAGUUUGCCAGAUACCUUGCAGCUCAUCUUAUAAAGCUGAAGACGGUUGUCUUCAGUACUUUACGGGAGUCUCUGGUCAAAUCAAGUCUUUCAACUACGAACCUCUUACCGGUCUUCAUCUGUCCAACCAGGACUACAGCAUCUGUAUACGUAUGGAGCGCAAUUUCUGCGGCAUCCAGUACAUGCAGUGUCCUGAUGAAGUGAACAAUCGCACACACUCGUUCACUCUGACUGGCAACACUCUGGGGCAGAACGCUGUAACUUCCAUGAUCGGAGGCGUUGGGCCGAACUCCUGCAACACUGACUGGCUGAUCAUCCCCUGCACCAGCAACGUGGGUAGGGUACCCUCGUCAACCUCUACUGGCUGUGUGGAUAGACUUUGUGGUGGCACCCUCAACAGUGAAGUCAGCACAUUCCCUGCAACUGUCUACAGCACAGUGAAGCCAUUCCGUAUUGUCUUCCACACGAACAAUGUGGAGGCACCUAAUGAUGUGGGAAACCGGGGAUUUUGCCUGGACUAUGUCCAGCAACCUUGCACCAAUGCGCCCAACCCUCUCUAGCAACCCUAGCAUCAUAAUCACCAAACGAUGUUGCAAACUUAGGGUUUUGCCUGGACUAUGUCCAGCAACCUUGUACCAAUGCGCCCAACCCUCUCUAGCAACCCUAGCAUCAUAAUCACCAAACGAUGUUGCAAACUUAGGGUUUUGCCUGGACUAUGCCCAGCAACCUUGCACCAAUGCUCCCAACCAUUCCUAGAAUCCCAGUCAUCCAUGUAGUUACCUAGACGCCCAACGUUAGACCAACUAAUAUAGCCAACCGUUACCUAUACAGAUAUUUAUUGGAAUACAGUAAUUCCUAUAGGAGUUGCAGUUAGACGGUAGACAGGAAUUUAUUAUUCUAACUUUUCAAUAACGUUGUUAUGUUUCAAACCAAGUUACAAAAGAGUUGUUUUGUUUUGGUUUAUAGUUACCAAACCUUAACUUUCGUGAUCUCUAAAAGAAACUUUGUGGAUUAAUAAUAUGUACCAUGACGAUAUAAAAGAUUGAUAACAGCCAAUGAGUCAAGGGCUGUUCGCUCUGAGUAGCAAUGCGUACCUGUGACACACAUUGUUAACUAUGAUCCGUCUGGAUUGAACCUCGAAUGGCUACGGACCCUCACCCCCCCCCACACGAUGG